AUGGAAAUUUUUGGCAAGCUUGAGAUCAACCUGCCAUUUCUACAAGCAUUGAAGCUACCCUCAUUCAGCCGGUUUAUCAAGGACUUCAUAGCUGGGAAAGCUAAUGCCGAUGGGAAGAUAGUGAUUGGAGAGAGCGUGUCUGCUAUGAUCAAGAAGAAGAGGCUUCCUUUCAAGAGAACUGAUCCCGGAAUGUUCACACUGCCCAUCAUUAUUGAAGAUGUUAAGAUUGAGCAUGGUAUGUGUGAUUUAGGGGCUUCGAUCAAUGUGCUACCUUUCUCAGUCUACAAGAGAUUGACUGUAGUCAGCCUAGUAGAUACAAACGUGGUUAUCCAGCUUGCAGAUAGAUCAUGCAUUAGUCCUAAAGGAGUACUGGACAAUGUGAUUGUAAGGGUGCAUGAUUUCCUAUACCCUGCAGAUUUCCAUGUGAUCCGUAUGAAUGAAUCCGAAGCUGGAGAGGCCAAUGAAGUAUUGUUGGGGGGGCCAUUCCUGCGAACGGCCAAAACUAUAAUUGAUGUGAGUGAUGGAACAAUCUGCUUGGAUUAUCACGGGGAGAAGUUCACAUUCAAUAUUGAUGAAGCGAUGAAAAAGCCCUUGGAUAUUAAAAAUCUACAUUCCUUGUAUGAGCAACUUGCAGCUGCUGAAAUGAAUGACUCGAUUGAAGAAGAGGUUUCAGGAUGGUGUGAGACACUUUUGACACAAAAUAUGAUCGAUGAAGAGAUCAACAAUGCAAUCAUGGGAUUCUGCCAGAAGCCAACUUCAUCUGAUUCAACUGGAAUUGCUCAACCGAAUAGUUUGGAAAAAGUGUCCGACUUUGGGGAGUUGUUGGGUGAUCAGUAA